GCAGUUCCUGCCGCCAUGACGACCAUCGUGAUGGAGCGAAUCGGUCGCCUCUUCAUCAGCUUGCAGCACAUCAAGCAGGUCCUCCGUCUGCUGACCUCGGAGGCGUCUCCGUCCAUGCCCGCCACCGUGCGCGACACCGAAGUGCCCCACUUCUUCCGCGAACGCUACGUCCGAGCCGGAUACCGGCCGCUCCAUCAGCGCUGGAGCUACUACUUCCUGUCUGCCUUCCGCCGCCACAACGAGACUGUCAACAUCUGGACGCACUUGCUGGCGUUCUUGGUUCUGCUGGCCAAGAUGAGUCACGUGGCGGAGACGGUGGAUUUGAUACGGGACCGGCACGCGUGGCCGCUACUCCUCCUCAUGCUGUCGGCGCUCAACUACACGGCGUGGAGCGUGGUGGCUCACCUCCUGGGCAGCAAGUCGGAGAUGACCCACUACACUUUGUUCUUCAUGGACUACGUGGGCGUGGCGCAGUACCAGUACAGCAGCGCGUUGGUGCACUACUACUACUCGGCCGAGGAAGGCUUCUUCCGGCGCGUCGGCGCUGUUUUCAUGCCCGUGGUGGCGUUGCUCAGCUGGCUUUCGUGUCUGGGCUGCUGCUACGGAAAGUACCGGAACCACACCUUACCGCCUUGGGUGCGCAAGGUAAGCCAGGUGACUCCAUCCACCGUGGCCUACUUGUGGGACAUUAGUCCCGUGGCCCACAGACUCCUAUUCGGUGACCCCGACCCGGCCGCGGUGUACCACCUGGGCCAUGUGGCCUUCUUCCUGGGCUGCGCCGUCUUCUUCGCCUUCCCCGUGCUGGAGCGCUGCUGGCCAGGAGGAUGCGACUUCCUGGGUCAGGGCCACCAGCUGUUCCACGUUCUGCUCUCCUGCUGCACCAUAUGUCAGAUCAACGCCUCGCUCCUGGACUACGGCGGGCGACGGCAGGUGUACGCGCGGCUCUACGACGGAGACGACGCGGCGCUCUUCGUCGCACUCUACGGGCUGACGCUGCUGAUGUGCGUGCUCAUCGCUGCCUUCAUGCUGAGGAAGGCCAAAGAACUAUUGGAUCGCCAGUCCAAGUGA